GAUCAAUGGUUGUUUCGUCCUGAGCCUCACACCUCGACCGUACAAGAAGCCGCUACGGUCGAGGCUGAUGACAAUGCGCGUGGCAGUGAUGGGGACCAGGAGGGCAGCAGUGGCGAAAGUGAAGGUGGCAUCUCCAUGGAUUCUGAGUUUGCUUACAAUAGUGAAGGCGAGCUUGUGCAGGUGCCUCCACAGAUUGGGCCUGGUCCCUUUGGUCCGCCGCCUCCCCUUCCGGUUAGUCUACCGCCUGCACCAGUUGAACUCAUGGGAAUCUGGAGAGAGCCGACGACUACUUCAACGACCUGGACUAUGGCCUCGACUAUAUCGACGACCUGGACUAUGACCUUGGCUGCCUCGGCGUCCUGGACUGUGACUUCUUCCGCGUCUAUCACCACGUCCUGGACUACUCUUGCUAGCGAGAUGCUGGAAGACGGGGAUGAAGAAUCUGACCAGUCCGUCUUGGUUCAACUCAGUUGUCUAACUGCUGGUGGGGGUGUGAGCACUAUAUCCUCUUCCUCGACCUUGGAGGGAUCGUCCUGCUCGUCCCCAGCCUUCUGCCGUUUGCCGAGCACCACCUCUACCAGUACUUCGUCUACUAUGGCUACUCUGCCGUCGGAUGUGGUAAGGGACACGGUCAACAAUGAAAUGCUGCACAGCACGGUGGCAGAUGCGGUUCAGGUUGUACGUCGCCUUCUUGCACACCAUCGACAUCUGCAGCAUUGCAGCAGGUUGACAGUUGAUGCAGUUGAAGAGGCAUUGCUCUGGAUUCCCGUGCACACUACGGCGGUUUCCAUGAACUCCGACAUGCAGGCCAGGGCGAUUCUGGCGGAAAUUGCCAGACAGGCGACGUUUGGGUCGGGGGCGAGUUCAUCCGGAAUGUCACACUGGGUUCGUGCGCCUUUGGUUCUUCUCCAGCCUGGCUUCCCAGUGGACUUGUCGCGACUUGCAGAGGCCUUUCCUUCCACAGCACCAAGCACAGUGGCUGGUUACCGUCGACGAACCUGGCGACUGCACGUUCGGCACCUCUACGACAUGGCUGGGCAGGUGUGCCCGGUUGGGGCCUGGCCUGCUGAGGAUGACAGAUGCCUCUACAUCCUCCAGGAGGACACGGCGGUGGAAGUCCCCAAUUGGCCUGAACUUGAACUACCGGAACCGUUGCCUACGGAGUCUGGGGUCAUGCUGCAGGUGGGUCUUCGUCGCCAUCGUCGUCCUCGGCUACGUCCGUUAUCUGUGUCACUUGCAGUGAACCCAUUGAUGGAGAUGGUUGCUCAGAGUUCGGCCAGUCAAGCUGUUCAUGGACGACCUGGACGUCUUGGAGCUCGUGUUCGUCGUGAGAGUGAUCCUGCCCCUGGAGGUCGUGAUGCUGGACUCGACGGUGAAGUUCGUCGUAGAGGCACUUUGCCUCAUGUGGGUGUUCGUCGUCGUGUUGGAGUUCGUCUGGAUCGUAGUCGAAGUCGGGAACAUGCACCGUGA